UCCAGCUGCCACUCUCCCCGCAGCCCGGCCUCCCGGAGCCAGCAGCUGUAGCGCCUGCCGGGCUCCCGCUGUCCGCCUGGCCCGGACCCUGCUCCCGCCACCCGCCGAGGACAUGGAUGCUUCCUUGGAUGCAUGGGACCACUUCUACACACCUUUGAUAUCCUUGUGGGUGAACAGGUUUUAUGUGUACGUGGGUCUUGCCUUUGGUGUUAGCCUGUGCAUCUGCGUUCAAGUUGUCACCAAAAAGCUUGGUGACAGAUCAACAGGGAAAUCAUCCCUCCAGAAGCUCCCCAGCUCCCAUGGCUCCUGUGGCCCCCUGGCCCCCGUGGCCAGUGGUCCCACUUCCCAUCAGAAGAAAGAAGUCCAUGUUUCUGGAGUGAAGAUCUUCUAUGCUUCUCAGACUGGUACUGCAAAGGGAUUUGCAACAAGUCUCGCCAAAAGGGUGACGGCUCUUGAUUUGCCGGUGGCGGUCAUUAAUUUGAAAGAAUACGACCCCGAUGAUCACCUGGGGGAGGAGGUAACCAGUAAAAGUAUUUGCGUCUUCCUGGUUGCUACUGCUGAUGGCCGGCCACCAGACAGUGCAGAGUGGUUCUGCAAAUGGUUAGAGGAGGCUUCGAAUGACUUUAGAUUUGGCAAGACUUAUCUGAAGGGCAUGAGAUACGCAGUGUUUGGAUUGGGAAACUCGGUCUAUGAGAGCAACUUUAACAAGGUCGGCAAAAACAUCGAUAGAUGGUUGUGGAUGCUCAGUGCCAGGAGGGUCAUGACCUGCGGGGAGGGCGAUGGCAAUGUGGUGAGGAGCAGGCACGGGAGCCUGGAAGCUGACUUUGCUGCUUGGCAGGCCCGCUUCCUUUCCCGGCUGCAGGAUCUAAGCCGUGGCAGCACUGGCGAGAAGAAGGCCUGCCGUAGCAGCCACCGCCGGGGCAGCUGUGAAAAAGGCGGAUGCAGAGUCAAGAAGAAGGGCAAGGGCAUGGGGGCCAGUGGGGCCCCACCAGAAGCUCCAAAGGAGAAAGAACAAUUUGAAACCACGAGUGAGGAAGAGUCGGGUGCUGAAGAGGGCCAGAGCCGCAGCUCAGUGAUGGAUGUGGAGGAUCUGGGCAAGAUGAUGAGCAGCAUGAAGAAGGCAAAGAAAGAAAAGGAGCAGCAGGAUAUGGAACUGGAUUUGUCCUGGGAUACAGGGAAGAAUGAAGCCCAGGAAAAGCGAGAGAUGAUCACUCCAGCGCUCCGAGAAGCCCUUUCCAAACAAGGUUAUCAAUUGAUUGGGAGUCACUCCGGAGUGAAGCUGUGCCGCUGGACCAAGUCAAUGCUUCGGGGCAGAGGAGGCUGCUACAAACACACUUUCUACGGCAUCGAAAGCCAUCGUUGCAUGGAGACCACCCCAAGCCUGGCAUGUGCCAACAAGUGUGUCUUCUGCUGGAGGCACCACACCAAUCCCGUGGGUACAGAGUGGAGAUGGAAGAUGGAUCAGCCUGACAUGAUCUUACAAGAGGCCGUUGAAAAUCACCAGAACAUGAUCAAGCAGUUUAAAGGAGUUCCCGGUGUGAAAGCCAGUCGCUUGGAGGAAGGUCUGCAGGUGAAACAUUGUGCCCUGUCGCUUGUAGGAGAGCCCAUCAUGUAUCCAGAAAUCAACCGCUUCCUGAAACUGCUUCACCAACGUAGAAUUUCCAGCUUCCUGGUCACCAAUGCCCAGUUUCCCACGGAGAUCAGGAACCUGGAGCCAGUUACCCAGCUGUAUGUCAGUGUGGAUGCCAGCACCAAAGAUAGCCUAAAGAAAAUUGAUCGGCCACUCUUCAAGGAUUUCUGGCAAAGAUUCCUCGACAGUUUAAGAGCGUUGGCUACAAAGCAACAACGCACAGUGUACCGCCUGACCCUGGUGAAGGCGUGGAAUGUGGAGGAGCUCCAAGCCUAUGUGGAGCUCGUGUCCCUGGGGGAGCCAGACUUCGUCGAGGUGAAGGGUGUGACCUACUGCGGAGAAAGCUCUGCCAGCAACCUCACCAUGGCCAACGUGCCUUGGCAUGAGGAGGUGAUACGCUUCGUGGAAGAGCUUGUGGAUCUGCUCCCCAACUACGAAAUCGCUUGUGAGCACGAACACUCCAAUUGCCUCCUGAUCGCGCACACCAAGUUCAAGAUUGAUGGGGAAUGGUGGACUUGGAUUGAUUAUGACCGAUUCCAGGACCUCAUCCAAGAAUAUGAGACCAGCCAUGGGUCAAAGACCUUCAGCGCCAAGGAUUAUGUGGCCAAGACUCCCCAUUGGGCAGUCUUUGGGGCCAGUGAGCGAGGUUUUGAUCCCAAGGACACAAGAUUCCAGAGGAAGAACAGAUCUAAGGACAUCUCUGGUUGUUGAGACUCAGACUUAGUUGGGAGAUGGAAGCUGGGACCAUAAUGGCCCCAGAACUGACUAGUCCUAAUUAACUGUGUGAUCACAAGGACAAAGAACUCAAGUGAAUUUUCAUGCAGAGAAUAUUAAAAAAUCAGAAUUCUUGGGAGAAGCCCUGCAUUUGAAAAGGAAAGGCAGAGCCCUAACCCUUCAAGAGCAUGGAAUUCAGGCCUUGGGUUUCAUUCUAGGACUCAUGGUUUUGCCUCUUUUAGAUCUAAGCAGAGAAAUGACCAGCAGAUCUGAAUACCAUAGGUGGACUUUGACUCAAAGGGCAGUGACCAUGAUUAUCAUGUCUGGUGCCCACCUGGUGUUAAGGGAUGAGCUGGCGUGGGCCAGGUCACCCUGAGUGGUGAUGCCCCUCUCAGUAUCCAGACUCAUUGCACGCAUUGGGCAUUUGCCCUCCUGGAGUUCAGAUUGCUGGUCUUUUAGAAGAGUAGUUCCCAAAAACCGUCCAAUUUGCCAAGAAUGGAAGUGGUUUUACUGCUUCACGGUUAGCUCUUUACUUUUCUGACUCUGUGCCAGCCCCUUGUGAAAUGGGAUUGGUCUUCAGUCAAAAUCUACUUUGCAUUCUGUGUCUUUCUGUUUCCACGCCACUUCCUAAAGAGCUAAUCCAUGGAUGGAUUAGAAUGAAAGCCUCUUUGCACCAGGGUAAUUGCAAUGUGAUUGCAUUGGAGUAUUUCUCCCAGCCAGAUUCCAAAACCAGGAGGACAAUUUGCUUUUUAUGCAAACAAUAAAUUUCCAGGCAUCUUACAGUCAUGCAUAAAGUGGGCCCCUGUCUUCCCUUCAUUCUUAGAGCUAUUGCUGUUCACAUGAAUCUUGAGGUUCAUUUCUUCGCCAGCGGAGAGCUCCCACAGUCCCCAGGGCUUGUUUUUUUUUGAAGGUCAUCAUGGUUAUUUUAAAAAUGCCUUCAUCCCAGGAACUAAGCUUAAUAAAAUAUUCUUUUUGGAAUGCUCGGAACACCAGUUUUCUUUUGAUUGUAUUUUUUACAAAUGUGUCUCUUAACCUCUGAAAAGUGACUCAUAGAGGCUGGAAAACUGCCAAAAGACGAAGUUUGACUGUCUUGUGCAACGACCCACAUUUGUGCCGUGUGGCCCGACCCUAGCACCUCAGCGGACUUGACAGUUUUCCCAUGGAAGGUGGCUGCCUACAAGAAAGAGAGCUCAAGUCCCUUGAUUCUAAGGGGGUUUAUCAGACACUCAUGGUGGCAUAAUUCUUUUGGAAUAUUAAAUCAUGUGGACAUUCCAUCAGAAUAAUGAUGGCCUCCUCCACCUCGUUGAUGCCACUUACAGAGACCUGCCGAUGCCAACACCCCACCCACCCAAAAAUAUUUAAAGGGAAACCUGGUCAUGUCUUUACAGCAGUGCAGCAAGGGUGGGGGGUGAGUGUGGGUGUGGGUCGGGGUAUUUGGAUGGAAGAGGACCAGACUUAGAUCUGAGUCCUUGCCCUUGGGUGACUUUGGAGGCAGGUGGGAGGUAGGGAAGGAUGCUGCUUCUCUCUGAGCCUCAGUUUCCUUCCCUGUGAAAUAUAUUUAUCAUCAUCACUCGAGGUUGUGAAUAUCAAAUGAGACAAUGCAUAUUAACCACUUCAUAAGCACAAAGUUAAGAAAUGGGGAAGAAUGCCACCAAGCAUGUUAUUUUCUGUUGAAAGAUAGAGGAGUGGGAGGACUAACGUCUCUCCAAUAACAUAUGGAGCCAGUGGUUGAAGAUAGUUGGGCAAAGGCUUAAGAACAGCAUAGUUUAUGAAAGAGUCAACUUAUUUUUUUUUAAGUAUCUGAUGAUACAACAACAAAAAACCCUACUGAUUCUGGAGUCAGAGUCAAAUCCUUCCCCUGUCACAUAGAAACAAGCUACUCUUGUUUAAUUCUAUAUCUUGUUUGUACACAGCUGCACAUUGUCUUUGCUGUUAGACCACAAUUGUUACCUCUGUUGGAAUGUUUCCUCAUCUGGAAAAAGAGAAGGUUGUCCCAGCUGGCCUCUGAUGAGGGCCUUUCUAGCUCUCUGAUCUUGUAAUCCAUGAUGUCAUGAUUGUACCAGUUGUCAAUGGGGGCGGGGAUUGACACCCUCCACCAUAUGACUGAUUCCAUGCAACCCAUUCCCAUCACCAGGAAGAGAGCUGAGAACUUCAGUCUGGCUCACAAUGGAAUCGUAGCAUCAGCUUCAUCUAGUUCAUAUAGACCCACCCCGCUCCAUCAAUAAAUCCUCGGGGCCCUGUUUUCCUGCUAAUAAGGUAGUGAGACAAAGUCACAGCCAGCCCAUGGGGAGAGCUGCAGUUAUUCAGGCUGGUGUCCACACGUGAACUUUCGCCCUUCUAGCCACAUGUUCCCGUCCAGGAAAAAAGACAGCAGCGGCAUCUAUGGAUGCGGGGGAAGAAAUUACUUCACACUAAUUCAAAUAGGCAUUUUUAAAAUAGCCUGAAAAUUCUGCGACCCAUCUUCCCCUCUUCUCUUCCCCAUACCUACUUCUCUUUCACCAACUUCCAUGCAGAAUGAGUCUGCGAGUAUUUGCGUAAAACAGGAUCCAGCAGUUGGCUUCCGUUUUGUAGAUGAGGUCAGAUUUGAUUCCAAACAACAUGGCAUUUAGUGGAGUGAAAGACUUCCUAAUCCGUUUUUGAUUCUUUCAGGGCACACUGCAGGCUCUCUAUUUAAAAUACUAAUGAAUGGACAUUUCCCGGGGCCCUAUCAAUUUAACUCAAAUUAACAGUGACUGAUUCUGCUGGCCCGAAAGACAUAUUAGUACUGAGUGCUUUUGUGACUCACUCCUUGCCUCGAAUCUGGUGAUGGGUUUUGUCGCGAUGACUGGGUUCUGAAGGUGCCCAGUCCGGCGGUCUCGAUUCUGUUUGUGCUUCUUUUGGACGAGAGAUGCUCAUGUUCUGAAUAAUCGAAAUGACUUCAUGAGCCACAGUGUCUGGGAGUCUUCCUUCUUGCCUUCAAGAAUCGUGAUGAGUUAGACAUUCAUGCAGCUUAGAGAGAGAAAAAUCCGGGAGCACUGAUUGCUAGCACAAAGAAGUCAUUUCUGAAUCCUUAGCGUGACUGACUCAGCCAAGGUCUGCCUCUCUCCUGGUAGAUGGAAGCCAGAGGGUUUUGCAGGAAUUCUGCGUGAACUCACAUUUUGUAAUUAGUUCCCAGGGCCACCUUCCCCAGCGUGGUUGCAAACAUGGUGUUAUGUUUCUCUUAAUCAAGGCAGACCUGGACAUUGACUUCGGGAGUGCUCAGAUAACAUCUUCACCUUCUUUCUCGGUUGUGUGUUGAGGGACUAAUUAGUAGUCAUCAUGUGAGUGGUUAGAUGAGGAAGGUGUGCUGAGUGUCAUUAAGAGCCUAGCCUUUUCAAUUAUAUUUCGACUUUCAAAGCGGGAUAGAAUGUGUUAUGGAAGCAGGAAUAUCCUGCUGGGUUCCAGUCAUCGGCUGCGGAUAUGUAAGGGGACUGGAAGUAGCUGGGCCGGCUUUGGGAGAUGUGUGUUUUCACUGUACUUGUCUCUAAACGGGAUCUGUUGGAGCCAAGAAGGGCAGAAUGAGGUGGAAAUGUCUCUGUCCCACCUUGUUUGUGGGGUCUUAGCUCUAGAGCUUGAAGAGAACUUAGAGGUCAUCUCAUCCAAUCCCUUUGGUUUACAGAGGAGGAAACUGAGGCCCAGGGAGGUAGAGGCACUUGGGACCCUAGUUCUAGAGCUGGAAAAGACAUCAGAGGCUAAGAGACUCAGGGCCAUAUGACGAGGAUGUAUUCCAGUCAGGAUUUGGACCCAGGUUCUCCUAGGACCCCAUUUUUUAUCCCAUUUCUAUUUCUUGUUUGCACAUGGCUACAUGUUGUUUCCCCCCUUAGACCAUGAGCUUCUUGAGAACAGGGA